GCGCGGACGAGAGCAGCCAGCGCCCACCGACACCCGCCGCCACCGCCCCCCUCCUCGACCCCAGCAAGCACGCGCAAUGGCCCCCACGAAAAAGUCCAAGGCGGCAAAGUCCACCGAGUCCAUCGCCUCCCGUCUCGCCCUCGUCGUCAAGUCGGGCAAGUACUCCCUCGGCUACAAGUCUGCCCUCAAGCAGAUGCGCAGCGGCAAGGCUAAGCUCGUCCUGAUCGCCGGCAACUGCCCGCCCCUCCGCAAGUCGGAGCUCGAGUACUACGCCAUGCUCUCCAAGACGUCCGUGCACCACUUCCAGGGCACGAACGUCGCACUCGGCACCGCCGCCGGCAAGCUCUUCCGGGUCGGUGUCAUGACCGUCAGCGACCCCGGAGACAGCGACCUCCUCGCCGUCGCUGAGGGCCAGGCCUCGUAAAAUGCUAAACGGCUUAAUGGCCAGGGUCACGAGUACAUUAUGACACGCUGUUGUAUGCGCCUAUACUUGCUUUCGAUGCACUAUGGAUACAGCCAUGCCGCAUUGGUACGGACGGCAGAUUCAGUCCGACAGGACGGCUUCUCAUGUGCUCUAUGAAGGCCUGCUCUCUGUCUAAGUAUUACGGUAGAUUCGUCAUAAGUUUCCUUUAGAAAGUGACGCGACCGAACGCAGAAGCGUGCUUAGAUCCUUUGACUGCAAUAAGCUUGUGGAUGGCUGGGAGUGUAUAUACAUGGUUCGUUGACGACUGCGAAUGCAGUACCUGACAUUUGUCGGUCAUUCUGGGUACUGAAAUACUGAAU